UGCUUGCAGUCUCAUAAUUUACGCAACCUUGGAAGGAAUUCUUUAAACUUUCCUUCAUUUUGGGCUGAAUAAAAAGUGUCCAAGAACCUAAUUUAUAGUUAAGAUGUUCUAGAUUGUAUUCAAGAUGUCAGGGACUGGAGUUCCUUCGAAUACUACUUCUCCUGGAGCCGAACAGAACUCCUUUCAUCAAAGCGGUCCAAGGAAUCAUUUUCAAACGAACAACAUUGCAAACCAUGGUUCGGCUGUGCACGCAAAUUAUUCUCAAAUGGAUGCUGCCAGAUCGCCUCAAAACCCUUAUGGAAUGGACAACCAGGCCUUAAAGGCUGCAGCUAAAACAAACCAAGCUCUGCCAAGUUCUCAACCUUUUAAUUACUCCCAUGGUCSCAAUACAUCAAUGCCUAAUGGCCCUCCWMUGAAGACGUCCCCUUUAAAUGGUCCUAGUGGUAGUAAUGUAGGAAUGCCUCAAGGAUUAUUGUCUACGAUGGCACCURUACCAUCAUCACAACAAGCUAAUGGUCAACAGGCCCGUAAUUCACCCAUCUCUCAAUCCCAUCAGUAUCCCCAACCAGGACCACAACAUCUAAACAAUCCAGGAUCACCUCAACAACGACAAAACAAUCCAGGAGCACCCCAUCAACAACUAAACAAUCCAGGAUCACCACAUCAACAACUAAACAAUCCAGGAGCACCACAUCAACAACUAAACAAUCCAGGAGCACCACAUCAACAACUAAACAAUCCAGGAAAACAACAACAAUUAUCUAAUUAUCCAUCUGCACCCAUGAACCCACAGCAACCAAUUCCACAACAAGGAAACUUCGGUUCAAUGGUUCAAAGACCUGGUAUGCAGCAACCACAGACAGGCUCAGCAUUUACACCAGUUGGAAGCCAACAACAGCCACUACAAACACCACCAGGUAGUGAAUCACAGCCAGGAACAAUGACACCACCAGCUACACUACCUGUUGGACCUCCAUCGCAGUCACCCCAGAGGUCAACACCUAGUCCAAUGUCAGCAUUACAUACUGGCAAACCAAAAAGACCAGGUUUAUCACCAGGACAACAAGGGAUGCCUCAGCGAUCUACACCACCAUCUAGUGGACCUCCAACACCUUCUGGUAUGCCAUCACCAAGUAUGGGCACUCAAGGCCCACCAACAAGUUUUCCAGGACCSAGCCAAGAUAGCUCUGCAACUAGUAGACCAUUGAUUAUGUCUAAGAGAAGGCAAUAUCCAACUCAGGGUUAUCCUAGUAGAGGUUAUAGUGGACUUGAAGGACCAAUGAACAGACUCACUGUACAGCAACCAACUGGUGUCCAACCAGUCAAUCUUCUGGAACAGAGAAAUAUUGUCCCUCCAACUCCUGUUGAGCAUAUCUCACCACCUCUUCCAUCAGAUUUACAGAAAAGGAACAGUGACCCAAGUGUUCUUUGCUGCACACUUAACUCCAUACCAGAGAACAAAAGUUUGUUGACCAAAUCAAGGCUCCCUUUUGCAAUCCAUCUCCAUCCAUUCAAAGACCUUGCUAGUCUACCUGUAAUUCAUUCAUCAGUCAUCACAAGAUGUAGAUCCUGUAGAACUUACAUCAAUCCCUUUGUGACCUUUACUGAGACUAGAAGAUGGCGAUGUCCAAUGUGCUUUAGAACUAAUGAUGGUGAGGCAAAAAGCUCAGACACUGNUGUUUCCUUUAAUGCAAUUGAAACAGGGUAUCUUCACAGUGCUUGUAGAAUGCUGAAAGAAAACCUUGACAAGAUGCCUGGUGAUUCUAGAACAAUGAUAGGAUUUAUGACAUUUGAUAGUAAAAUUCACUUUUAUAGUCUAAGGCCCAAGUCAACCCAGCCCCAGAUGCUUAUUGUAUCAGAUUUAGAUGAUGUAUUUCUGCCAGCUCCUGAYGACUUGCUUGUCAAUUUAAAGGAAAACAUGGAGCUCAUUCAUCAACUGUUAGACUCUUUACCUACCAUGUUUAGUGGAACACACAAUGUCCACAGUGCCACUGGAGCAGCUAUGCAAGCAGCACUUAAACUUGUGGGACCAACUGGUGGAAGAGUAAGUGUUUUCCAGACAACGUUACCAAACAUUGGACCUGGUGAACUCAAGAGAAGAGARGAACCCAACCAGAAGUCAAAUCCAAAGGAUGUAGCCAACCUGGCUCCAGCUACAGAUUUUUAUAAAAAAUUUGCCUUGGACUGCGCUGCUGAACAAGUUGCAAUUGAUUUGUUCCUGUUGUCUUCUCAGUAUGCAGACAUUUCAUCUCUCAUGUGUGCAUCAAAGUAUUCUGGUGGUUGUAUUGCCUACUAYCCUGAUUUUCAUGUGGUUAGAAAUCCUACGAUAUUAGAAAAGUUUGAGAAUGAAUUCACACGGUAUCUAACAAGGAAAAUAGGCUUUGAAGCAGUGAUGAGAGUUCGAUGCACAAGAGGAUUAACCAUCCACACUUUCCAUGGAAACUUCUUUGUGCGUUCAACAGACCUGGUUUCACUGCCUAAUAUCAACCCUGAUACAGGGUUUACUAUGCAGAUUGACAUUGAAGACUCUUUGACUGAUUCUAAUGUUGUUUGCUUUCAAUCUGCCCUUUUGUACACUAGCUCUAAAGGUGAAAGGCGUAUUCGAGUUCACACUCUUGCWAUGCCAACYACCAGUAAACUACCAGAGGUGUAYGCMUUUGCUGAUCAACAGGCAAUUGCUACUUUAUUGGCUAAGAUGGCUGUGGAUAGGACGCUAUCRUCUAGUCUUGGUGAUGCCCGUGAGGCUUUAAUGAAUGCCUGUGUCGACUUCAUGACGGUAUAUCGACAGCAUGUAGCCAAUCAGCAACAAGGAAGUCAGUUAUUGGCGCCAUAUUCGCUGCGACUGUUACCUCUUUUCAUACUGGCAUUGAUGAAAAACGUUGCUUUUCGUCUUGGUUCGACGGCACGUCUAGAUGAACGAUGCUUUGCUAUGCAACAAUUCAAAACCAUGCCUUUGUAUCUCAAUAUGUUAACCAUCUACCCAACCUUGUACUCUAUACAUGAUAUCUCUGACGAGAAUGCUCUCAACACAAAGAAUGGAGUCGURCCACAACCGCCAUGUUUAAAUCUUUCUGCUGAAAARCUGAGUCGAACAGGUGUCUUCUUAUUGGAUGCGGGUCAUGUGUUUUAUAUCUGGGUUGGAAAAGAGACACCAAAUGAAAUCAUUCAACAAAUAUUUAAUGUGCCUAGUUUCAAUAAUCUUGCUGAAAAUAUGGGAGCGUUACCUGAGUUGGACAAUGCCCUCAAUCAACGUGUUCGAUGUUUUAUCGAUUAUCUUCAAAGUCUUAGAACGUGUCAUUCAGUUCUUCACGUCUUCAGAGAGGAUAGCCGUAAUCGACCACUUUUCCUGAGCAAUCUUUUAGACGACAGGGCGGAAUCUGUUAUGUCAUACUACGAAUUUCUUGUACACCUUCAACGACAAGUCAACAAAUGAAUGUGUUUUUUACUUCAUCUCGAAUCAAUGAAGGAUGGAUUUGCAAGGGCUGCAGCCUCAAAAAACGAAAGCGUAUAAACUGCACUAAUGUUUUAUAAAAAGAUCUUCUACACCUUGCUGAAACUUCAAAAGAAUGGUGCACAGAAUGCAAAAAAAGAGAAAGCUGGGGAUUUCCAAAAGACAGUAUCGUGUUUCUUGAAACCUAUUCAUAAUUAUCCGACACAACGUAUUCCAAUUUUCUUUCCGAACAAUAAAACAUUCAAGUAAUGUCACUAAAUACAUUGAAACCGGAAAGCAAGUCGAAUGUCGUUAUACAUCUCCUUCAAAAACGUUGUCAGGAUCCGAAUUAGRAAGACCGCAUUGAAGCGUGGGAAAUAAACCGCCCCGGCGUCAGUCGCACUUCAACGUAUUUGAAAAAGGUGUAUCAUGUUCAACUACAAUGAAUGAACGWAUUCCAUYAGUCAGUCAUGGGCACCAGAAUAUUUUAAAGGAACAGAAAAUUGUCACAGAUCGUAGGAUCGACCAGCUUAAGAUGAAAUUAGUCUAAUACAUAACACAUCAAUCAGUUAUCAAUAGCUUUCGGCUGUGCUUAUAGUUCAUGGUGAUUUUCACAAGUUCGUUCAUCGCAUCCUGUUGUUAUAGUGUGCUAGUUUUCUCUCGUGCAUGGGUCAAUAUCACUACAAAAUACUGGAAAUUUAUAUAAAUUAUCGCUAUCAGAAUUAUCUAUUAGAAAACGUAUUUUAGAGAUCGAGUAAUUUGUUUUCUUUACAAAGAAAAGUAAAAAUACAUUAUAAAAGUGG